AUGAAUAGUGAUAUAGUGCCAGUAAAAAAACAUACAAACUGGUUGACAGCUGCAAUUAUUGAAGAAUUAGAGUACGAAUUACCGCCUCAGUUUAACAGUUCAACACAUAAACACAAAUCAUCAUCACAUAAAAAUUCAAUGAAUGUAUAUAAAAAAUACGCAAGUAGUAAAUAUUUUCAUCCAUUUUUGAGUUCUCCUAAUGAAUUAUUACAGCUUGAAACUCAGCAACAACAAACCGAACCUGAUAUUUUAAUUCAAUCAAUUCAGCAACCAAAUAAUGUUAAUAAUGGUUACACUGCUUCUUAUUGGCAUGCUUUAAUAAGUAAACAUGCUCAUAUUAGUUUAUCAUGCUUAAGCGUUUUAACUGACAUAGAACACGAUAUGAAAUUCGAAUAUCAAUCAGGAACUGAUCAUGUCUUUCUCAUACAUGGUUGA